AUGGAGUCGGGUGACAAGCCCAAGAAAGCUCACAGGAAGAGGGCAGCCGGGACUAAAGCGAAGAAGAAGAAAGACAAGAAGCAGGUCGGGAAGGCAGACAAGCACAAUCCCAAGGCUCACACUUUUUCCGGCGGCACUCGAAGUGUACAAAAGCGAGUGCAGUACACGUUGGAGAGGCAGGCCAAGAAGGACAAAGCGCGCAAAGUGGACAAGAAUCCGGAGGUGCCUCCGCCCUUUGUUGUCGUCGUGCAAGGGCCACCAGGCGUUGGCAAGACCACGCUUGUGCAUUCGCUGGUGAAACACUAUGCGAAGCAGCGCCUGAUCCAAAUGCGCGGACCUGUCACAUUGGUUAGCGGAAGACAUCGACGCUUAACGAUCAUCGAGUGUCCCCAGGAAAUGUCAGCAAUGUUGGAUUUGGCGAAGAUAGCCGAUCUGGUGCUGCUGUUGGUCGAUGCGUCGUAUGGUUUCGAGCUGGAAACCUUUGAGUUCAUCAACAUCCUUCAAGUGCAUGGCUUUCCCAGGGUCAUAGGUGUCCUGACACAUUUGGAUGCCUUCCGGGAAAACAAGCAGCUUCGAAAGGUCAAGAAAAGCAUGAAGCACCGGUUCUGGACGGAGCUUUACGACGGCGCAAAGUUGUUCCACCUCAGUGGCCUCCAAUACGGGCGCUAUCAUCGCGUUGAGAUUCAGAACCUGGCACGUUUCAUCGCUGUUCAGAAGGUGCCUCUCCUCUCCUGGAGGCAAAGCCAUCCCUACAUCCCAGCCCUUCGGUGGGAGGAUAAGACAGAUCCGACCAGCUCGGAGACUGCUCCAAGGCGGCUGGACCUCUAUGGCUACGUCUACGGAGGCCGUCUGCGCGAGGGCUUCGAGGUGCAUCUUCCGGGUGUAGGCGAUUUCAACAUCAGCUCCAUCAAGCGCCUCCCCGACCCGUGCCCGCCGCCCAUGGAGACGGAGGCGGAGCGAAGAAGAGCGAGCAAGAAAACUGACGAGAAGCCCAAGAAGAAUGCGCUCCGGACCCUGGCCGAACGACAUCGCAUUGUCUAUGCCCCGGGCUCUGACAUUGGCAGCAUCACCGUGGACUCCGAGGCGAUGUACAUUUAUGUGCCCGACCAGCAGGCAGGCUUCACUCCCAAGGACGAGCAGAGUGCGGAGAAAGACCCGGAGAAGCUUCCGGAAGCCGUGCGGCUCGUCCGAGCUUUGCAGACGUCGGAGGCGGCCCUGGACAAGGCUUCGGAGGGGCGUGCAAAGCUCCGCCUAAUUGGGGACACAGAAGUUCGCAUGGACCAAACGGAUGCCUCAGGGAAGGCUGAAGACCAGCCCCAGAGGCGACCGGCUCCAGAAGGGAACGCGCUCGAUGCAAAGCAGGCGGAUGCCUCGGGAGACGAGGAAGGUGAGGAGGAGUGCCCGGAAGAAGAUGUAGAGCAGGACGAGGAGAUGCUCGAGCGAGCGCAGCAGCGCUUCGCCCGGGGGCCGCGGUUGGAAGACCUGGUCUACGGCCGGGAUCGAUUGCAGGAGCAGCACGGAGGGAGCGCUUCCUCCAAAGAUCCGGGGACGCAGGGCGGCCACGGCCCCACCGACCACGCCACCGUCCCUCUGUUUGACGAGGACGACGAGGAGGGCACGGAGGACGCCCCUACCUCGAGGCAGCCAGAGAGCCAGAGAAGGUUGCUGGGCAAUGUGGGCGACUCCAACGCUUUGGACACCGCCCGCAUGCCAGUUUUGCCCGGGCAGGAGAAGCCUUGGAGCGAAGAGCGGAAAGAGGAGCUGAAGGCCCAGCAAGCUUUGCUGCGAAAAGCGGGCGACGAGUACUCACGGGCUAGCACCAAAUCUCAAGUAAAG